ACUACUUUGAAGACAAACUUGUGUUUACAAGUUACAAGAAUAUUUUCCUUUAUGUUGUUCUAUACGACAAAUAGACGAUGAAGUGUGUUAUACCAGGGAUCAAUAUAAAGGUGUUUGGAAGAGCAAUUCAUUCCCUAGCAAAGAUUGGAGAAGAAUUAUAUGUAGAACCAAGUUCAAAGGGUGUUGCCUUUCGAACUGUCAAUUCCUCUCGCUCGGCAUUUGCAUCGUACACAUUCAGCUCAGGCUUCUUCUCACAAUAUGAUGAUGGAUCUCUCAACCAAGAAAAGGAUGCUGGGGAGGAAACGGUCAAAUGCAAAGUUGCCAUGAAGGCAUGCUUAAAUGUCUUCAAGUCACUGGCUACAUUAGAGCGCACUGUUGAACGAUGUAAAAUUACCUUGGAUGGUGAAGAGGACAAGCUAGGAAUCCAACUCAACUGCCGACAUGGAAUCAACAAGACCUACAAUCUCUCUUUCAUUGAGUGUGAGACCCUUCAGGCUGUAUUUGACAGAGAGUCUUGCCCAAACUACAUCCAGAGCCAGUCACGAGUAUUAAGUGAUGCUGUUCUGAAUUUCCAGCUCAAUCAGGAUGAAGUUACACUCUGUGUUUCACCUGAGAAGAUCAUUAUUAGGAACUAUGUCGAAGAUGAACCAGAUCCUGCAAAGGCCAUUCACACUGUCCUUACUCUUGAGGCUGGUGAAUUUGACAGGUACAAUAUCACAGGUGAAGGUGAGGUAACCUUCUGCCUGAAGGAGUUCAGAGCCGUUCUCACCUUCGCCGAACCGGUUAAUCUACCUGUUACAUGCCACUUCUCAAAUCCUGGGAGCCCUAUCAUCUUCACUGUGGACAACAGACCAAUGUUUGAAGGAACAUUUGUCCUAGCCACCCUGGCAGAAAAGUCUGAUUCGCAGAUUUCUAGAAGUCAAAGCACAAGCAAACAAACUGCACAAACAACCCACACUCCAAAGACAGUUCCUAGGAUACGUUCAAGCUCACAAACCUCCAUAAAUAGAAGCCAAAAUUCCACCUUUGAUAACAUGAGAAGUGAACAAUCAACUUUACGGAGGUCAGAUCAAAUUGGGGAGGUUUCAAGUCGUCUUUUUGAGAAAAGAGCUAGCCUAUCAUCUGCCCAUAACUCAUCAGCUCUCCAAACAAGCAGUCAGAGCAGCCUAGAGAAUAAGCCCAUCCUACCCUCCUCUCCCCUGCGCCUUGCAAGGGCCAGCACCACAAAUGGCAACACGUCCCACAUAAACAUGUCCAUGCGAGAGAUGACCCUACCCGACUUGAAUGGGGACGAAGAAUCAAGACCAGUGGUACAUGUUGUUCCAGACCUUAAUUAA